AUGGAUUGGUUCGUAGGAGUCUUGUCUCUCCUUUGCUGCUUCCUCUUGUACUACCGUCAUCUCCAGUCCAAGAAAACAUGCAAGGAGGAGCCCACCGAAUGGCCAUUGGUGGGCCAUCUUUUCGGCAUGAUCGCUGACCUGAGGCGACCGAAUUACCAUGACUGGGCCACCGUGAUCCUCGCCGGCACACGCCACAACUUCGCAGGUCAUACGGGGCUAGCCGGCGUCCGGUUCUUCGUCACCUGCGAUCCGUCCAAUGUGCGCCACAUCUUCACGUCCAGCUUCCUCAACUACCCCAAGGGCGAGGAGUUCGCGGAGAUCUUCGACGUCCUGGGCCACGGCAUCUUCAACGCCGACGGUGAGUCUUGGCAGCGGCAGCGUGCCAAAUCCCAGCUCCUGAUGGCCGCCCCCCGUUUCCGCUCUUUCUCUGCACGGUGCAGCCGUGACAAGGUGGAGAAGAGCCUCCUUCCAUUCCUAGCGCACGCUGCUGACGCCGGCGCCCGCUGUGACCUACACGACGUGUUCCUAAGGUUGACCUUUGACAUGACCUGCAAACUCGUCUUCGGGGUCGACCCCAGCUGCCUGCAGAUCGGCCUCCCCGAUGUGCCCUUCGCUCGCGCCAUGGACAACGUGCUGGAGACGGUCAUCCUCCGGCACAUCAUCCCUCCGGCGUGCUGGAGGCUCAUGUACCGGUAUGAGGUCGGUCCAGAGAAGAAGAUGGCCGUGGCUCGUAGGACCAUCGACCGAUUCGCCGUAGACAUGAUCGCCAAACGCAGAUCCGAUCUCAACCUCCACGUUGACGACAUCCGCGAAUCCCCCGACAUGCUAUCGUCCUUUAUAUGCGACGGUGACGCAAGCUACGAGUUCUUGCGUGACACUGCAGUGAACCUCCUGCUCGCCGGCCGGGACACCACCGGCACGGCGCUGUCGUGGUUCUUCUACCUCCUAUGCAAGCACGCGCGCGUGGAGCUGAGGAUCCGGGAUGAGCUGGCGCCGAUCGCAGCCACAAAGAUGGUGGCCGCGGCCAACGACAUGGCGGUGUUCAACGUGACCGAGCUGAGCAACAUGGUGUACCUGCACGCGGCGCUGUGUGAGUGCCUUAGGCUUUACCCGCCCGUGCCCUUCCAGCACAAGGUGGCAGCGCACAGUGACGUGCUCCCAAGCGGCCACCAGAUGAAGACCGGCGACAAGAUACUCGUCUACUCCUACUCCAUGGGGAGGAUGGAUGGCGUGUGGGGCAAGGACUGCAUGGAGUUCAGGCCGGAGAGGUGGAUCGCCGAUGACGGAAAGCUGAGGUACGAGCCGUCUUACAAGUUCAUCGCCUUUAACACCGGUCCCAGGACCUGCCUCGGCAAGGAAGUGGCCUUCACGCAGAUGAAGGUCGUCGUCGCCGCCAUGCUGUGGAACUUCACGGUUGAGGCCGUGCCGGAGCACGUCGUCGAACCAAAGCUGUCCAUCAUACUCCACAUGAAAAACGGGUUCGCUGUCACCAUGAAGAGGAGGAACGUCACGGACGUGCAGGGCUAGCUAGCAUAUAGCAGACACGUACAUGUAAGUACUGUGUAUACACAAGUGCCAUGUGAGCUUGCGAAAGUGGCAUGUGUGCUUACAAACGAUGUAAUGGUGUGAUAAUAAAACGCAGCAGCUAUAUUUGUAGUAAGUUCCCUGAAUUUGUAUUUUGGGAUUAGUCGAUUUCAUAGGAGAAGGAAGAAGGAGGUGAAACGCAGCACCAAGGUGGAGAUGGGGGCACAGCAGAAACCGGCAGCGAGGCUCAUGGAUGUGGGUGAAGCUGAGCAAGGAGCAACCCAUAACCCACGUCGUAGGUUUGACAUGUGGGGGUGGGGUGGCUUUUCAUAUUGGCUUCCCUGUUGUAUUAUAUGGAGUGCAGAUUAGGACUAGAGGAAAAAGAUGAAGGAGAGCCUUUGAGACUUGAUGUUUUUUCGAGGCAACUAUGGCUAU